UCUGCAUAGGCUGUCAACUAACUUCUGCUGGCUGACAACAAGUCAGUGCAAUGUGAUCUUUCGAUUGUUAAACUUAACCGAAUCAUCCCCUGCCUGCUCCAGCAGCCGAUACUUAAAGAAUUGACCGACGAAGUUUUAAUUAGCUCCGUUAAUUAAUUAAUAUGAGCAUAUCGCCGGCGACUCCGCAUAUUUAAUCGUCGUCACGUGCCAAAAAGUGCUUCCUUCAAGUGCCAGUUAAAUAUGGAUAAACAAUAAUAAAGCAAAUAGGACGUGCAAUAAAAAAACAAAUUGCUUACACAUGUGCGGUGUUGUAAUGAAUUUAAAACAGUUGUUAGUAGCAAAUCGGUGAUAUGUGCCAAGUUUAGUUAUUUUAAUUUCAUUAAUUUGUUUAACAAUAAUUAGUGAACCAAUCGCAUUCUCAAAAGUUCAUUAUAAAGCACGUGGAAUAGUAAUGACGAAUGGAACUGGUAAACCGAAACAUCUACAAGAUUUCGUGAUGACCGCGAAAGGGCGCGACUUUGAGUUGUACUCUGGCGGUGAGGAGGACGAAUACCUCGAGGUGGAGGUGCACUCUCCGACGGAUAGCAGCGAGGACAGUGUCGAAGUAAAGGUAUCGCCGAUUUGCCUGAGAAAUAAGCGAAAGUGCGCGGAACCGAGGAAGGUGCAGGACGCUUACACGGCACCGCUGAAGAAGCGAAUGUGUCUUCAAGCCAAAAACGAAUUUGCGUCCGGAAAUGAACCGUUCAGGCCGUGGAAUGCGGAAAACUCCACGACAUCGUCUGCUCCAAAACAAAACUUAUCCAAAGAUCUUAGAGUUCCUUCUAGUAUUACGACUGAUAUUAAGCUAGCAACCCCCGACUCGAACUUUGUGGUGCCGCGACCGCCCGAUUCUGAUGAUAAACUCCUAAUCCGUCCAUGCUCGUCAGCUUCACCAAAAAACGCUCAACCGGCUUUGGUGCCUUUAUCGCUUGUCAAAAAGGCGACGAACUCAAGUGCCCGAAGUAGAAAAACCAAGCCUGAGUAUUCAAGUAUUAAAACAGAAUGCGAAAUUCCCGCACCUUGCGAUCCCCUAACACUGCGAGUGCCUCUGCACCCGCGAAUUUCCUCUCUAAACGCCACGGAAACCGAACAAUACCUGGCCAAUUCGGCGGAGGCCUUUCCCAAUUUACAGUCCCAUCGCGACGAGGACCAUACCGCCUACGGACGCAAGGAGCAGAGGAAUUACAAGAACAUGACCAGAGAGAGGCGCAUUGAAGCGAACGCGAGAGAACGGACGCGCGUUCACACCAUAAGCGCGGCAUUCGAGACGUUAAGAAAAGCGGUACCGGCCUACUCGCACAACCAGAAGUUGUCAAAACUGUCCGUGCUUCGAAUUGCCUGCUCGUACAUUAUGACACUCGGCAAGUUGGCCGGAAACACUGUUGACAGCGAAUCCGGCGGUUCACAGUCUUUGGCCGAGUGCGUGGAUACGGUAUCCAAAACGAUACAGAAAGAAGGAAAACUUCGGAAGAAGAAAGAUGAAAUAGACUGACUAGUUUACUUAAUUAUUCUAAAAGUUUGCUGUGGUUUGUGGGAACAGCCAAAAAACUUUAAUUUUUUGUGCAUACGUUUAAAAGUCUAAGAAAAUGAGUUUUGGUACUUAAAUAUGUUAUCGCUGAAUUAUUUAUUUAAAUACAUUGUGUAAAUAAA